AUCUGCGCAUGCGUCCUUUGGGACUGGCGGGAUCUGGGACUAUGGCGUGGGUACCGGAGGAGUCAGCUUUGGAAGAGUUGAUGCCCCGGCUGUUGCCGGUGGAGCCCUGCGACUUGACGGAAAGUUUCGAUCCCUCAGUACCUCCCAGGACGCCUCAGGAAUACCUGAGGCGGGUCCAGAUCGAAGCAGCUCGGUGUCCAGAUGUUGUGGUAGCUCAAAUUGACCCAAAGAAAUUGAAAAGGAAGCAAAGUGUGAAUGUUUCUCUUUCAGGAUGCCAGCCUGCCCCUGAAGGUUAUUCCCCAACACUUCAAUGGCAACAGCAACAAGUGGCACAGUUUUCAGCUGUUCGGCAGAAUGUGAAUAAACAUAGAAGUCACUGGAAAUCACAGCAGUUGGAUAGCAAUGUGACUCUGCCAAAAUCUGAAGAUGAAGAAGGCUGGAAAAAAUUUUGUCUAGGAGAAAGAUUAUGCGCUGACGUUGUUGGGCCAACUGUAAAUGAAAGUCCUGGGAUUGAUUAUGUCCAAAUUGGAUUUCCUCCCUUGCUUAGUAUUGUCAGCCGAAUGAAUCAGGCAACAGUAACUAGUGUCUUGGAAUAUUUGAGUAAUUGGUUUGGAGAAAGAGACUUUACUCCAGAAUUGGGAAGAUGGUUUUAUGCUUUAUUGGCUUGUCUUGAGAAACCUUUACUCCCCGAAGCUCACUCCCUGAUCCGGCAGCUUGCAAGAAGAUGCUCUGAAGUGAGGCUGUCAGUGGACACCAAAGAUGAUGAAAGGGUUCCUGCUUUGAAUUUAUUAAUCUGCUUGGUUAGCAGGUAUUUUGACCAGCGUGAUCUAGCUGAUGAGCCAUCCUGACACCGCUGACCGCAGAGCCAGAUGGUGUUUCUGUUGAAGGCAGCCCAAGUCUGCGACGUGCAGUGCAUUUCCAUACACUGUACCAUUUGCUUCACACAAUGCAAGUGACACUUCUCUUAAGCUGUGCAGUUCAAGUUGAUGGUCAGAAUAUGGAUCGAAUUUAUUGGGAUAUCUGAAAUAUCAGUGGGAAGAUACCACCUGGUAUUUGACGAACAGUUUGAAUAGUUUUCAGCAGGCACAAGCACUUAAAAUAAAUUGACUCCCAUUUACUAGUGAAACAGCCUGCACAGAAACUGUAUGAUGGAAUUUUAUAGUGGUCCCUGGUGCUGUUUGUUUACAUUGUACACAAAAAUUUUGUUGAAAAUGUUUUGGAUACUAAACUUUUAUUUGGAUCUUGAACAAAAUAAAAAUACCCUUAGAAUUUAAAAA